UUCCACGGAGCAAAGGUUAUUAACGUGGCUUAGAUAUGACACGCACAAUCUAGUACCGACUAGAAAAACUGUCAAAGCUUCAAAGCAAAUCAUUUAAAUUGGGCUUGCUUUGCACAUCGCAUUAAUUGUUUACGCUUAGAGGAAUGAAAACAUGGAACGACAUGUUCUAGAACUAGCAGCCCUUCUGUUUCUGCUUGUGAGCGGCAGUGAUUCUCUGGAGUGCUACAGUUGCGAUGGCAUCCACGACAUAACAACGUGCAGAAACAUAACAACAUGUGGAGCAAAUCAGGCCUGCUAUCAUCGCAUGAGGGCUGAUGCAUCCGGUAACGUCAUGGAUGUGGGCUGUGUGGACCAUGCAAUGUGUGUCGACCCCGGAAGUAUUUCAAGUCUCAUAGGACGAUCUCUGAUACAACUCAGACAAACGUCGUCCAACUGUUCAGAAUGCUGUUCAACCGAUAGAUGCAACGACCAACUGUGCUCUCACAAUUUACCUUCCGCUUGUGUUGACGAUGAGACUGUUGACUGUGCUAAAAUGAGUUCCCUUUUCAACGUCUGUGCUGGAAACUACGAGCAUGCUGCGAUGAUUUGUCCCAGAUUCUGUAACCUGUGCAAUUUUACUAACGGUAACUGGGCUGACUGGUCAAGUUGGUCAUCUUGUACAAUUACGUGUGGUAGCACGACACAGAUGAGGACCAGAACGUGUACCAAUCCCGCGCCAGCAAGCCAUGGUAAAAACUGUCAAGGGCCUUCCACGGACUACACGUCUUGUGUGAGAGACUCUUGUCCUGUCGACGGUGGUUGGGGUUCAUGGACUACUUGGGGAUCAUGUUCCGCAUCCUGUGGCGUAGCAUUACAACACAGAACCAGAUAUUGCGACAGCCCACCUCCCGCGAGGUUUGGAGAUCACUGCUUUGGAGACUCUCUGGAUUACAGAACAUGUAUACUUCAAGGAUGCACAGAUGGUGGAUGGACCACGUGGACAAGUUGGGGCACGUGCUCAGCCUCGUGCGAUGGAGGGUUUCAUCAGCGCAGUCGCCAGUGUACUAAUCCACCAGCAUCUGCUUAUGGCCACCAGUGUGAUGGUCCAAAUGUUGACGUAGGAGCAUGCAACACUCAGCAAUGUCCGCAAACAGAUGGGGGUUGGACAGCAUGGUCCUCGUGGAGCACGUGCCCAUCCACAAUAUUGUGUGUUGGUGGAAUUCAUCAAAGAUACCGAGAAUGUUCCAACCCGAAACCUUCUGUGUAUGGUCAGCAAUGUCAUGGAGUCAGUGUAGAUACACAAUCGUGCAAUACAUGCCAGUAUGCAAACAUUCAGAACACUAUUCGUUUGAAUAAUGGGCGAGUUGAAGUAUACUUGAACGGGGCAUGGGGAACUGUGUGUGACGAUUCAUUUGAUUCCAAUAGCAAUGCUGCUCGAGUUGUGUGUAGGCAGCUCGGACUACCAACGUCCAAUGCCCGUUCUAUUGACCCGUUAGAAGGGCCUAGCUAUAUGUCAAUCUUAUUGGAUGACGUGGUCUGUACCGGAAACGAAGCGUCAUUGCUUGCUUGCUCCCAUAAUACUGUCGGUACACACAACUGCGCGCACCGGGAAGAUGCUGGCGUAUACUGUGCAUAACUAACAUGAAGGUCAACUAAACGAAAUCGUUUACUUUAUUCAUGUAGUUAUGAUACAAAAUAACUUAAAUGCAUCACAAGACAAUACAAUGUGUGAACUGUUC